ACCAACUGUAGUAUAUUCCGUAGGAAACUCAUCAGUUAUUCCAAUCUCCGCGUUAUGAGCCGAUCGCGUGAGCAGGCGGCCACCCCUUUAACCCGCAAGUGGUAGGUACGGCGGCGCGCUCUCUGGCGCUUGCUGACCGUGUGUGGAGCCGUCACUGCAGCUUCAUUGAUUCCCGCCCGAAAUUGACCGGCGGGAGGUAUGCAUUAGUCUGCCCUUCCUCGCCGUUAAGAUCACCGAGGCCUCCGGCCGCCAUUAAGACCGCCACCAUGGCGGAGGGGGAGCUGGAAGUGCCCGAGGAGAUGUUCAAGGGUGUGAAGUAUUACCCCGUGGGGGAUCUGGAUCCUCAGGUGGUUCAGAUGCUGAAGGCUGGAAAGGCAAAAGAAGUUUCCUAUAAUGCUCUCGCUACACACAUUAUUGCAGAAGAUGGGGACAACCCCGAAGUUGGAGAAGCUCGUGAGGUUUUUGAUCUUCCUAUUGUAAAACCCUCCUGGGUUAUAUUGUCUGUUCGCUGUGGCGCCCGCCUUCCUGAGAAUGGAUUUUCUCCGGAGUCUGGCCAGAUCUUUUUUGGGGUCGUUGCGUGUCUCUCACAGGUUUCCCCAGACGAUCGGAAUGCUCUUUGGGCGCUAACUACAUUUUACGGCGGGGACUGUCAGCUCAGCUUAAACAAAAAGUGCACGCAUUUAAUCGUUCCUGAACCUAAGGGGAAUAAAUACGAAUAUGCUUUUCAGCGUGGAACUAUAAAAAUUGUUACUCCAGACUGGGUUUUGGAUUCAAUAUCUGAGAAGAAAAAGAAAGAUGAAGCACCUUAUCACCCACGCCUGAUUGUAUAUGAAGAGGAGGAGGAGGAGGAAGAAGAGAUGGAAAAUGAGGAUGGAGACUCUCAAAAUGUUAGUGGAGAUGAGGAAAAAUGCUCCUCUAAAUCAAGCCCAUUUACUUCCCGGGAAGGGUCUCCUUUGGCCAAUAGAGAGUUUUCGCCUAAACGUACCACCUCAAAUAAGUCAAAGGGCGAGCUAAUGUUUGAUGAUUCCUCGGACUCUUCUCCUGAAAAACAGGAAAGGAAUUUAAAUUGGACACCGGCAGAAGUCCCGCUGGUGAAUACUGCCAAACGAAGACUUCCACAUGGGAAAGACUCUGGGCAGAUUGACUUGUGUGCCAAUGUUCCACCAGUGCUGGGCAAUAUUUUGCCUCCUGAAGCCCGAAGCAGUUUGCUUACGGCAGCCCCUGGGACCCCUGGUUCUGAAAGACCAGAUUUGAUGUCUUUCCGUGGUCCAGCUGUAAGGACGCUAAGAAAUAUUACUAAUAAUGCAGAGAUACAACAAAUUAAUAGACCAUCAAAUGUAGCACAGAUCUUGCAGACUCUUUCAGCAUCUACCAAAACUUUAGAACACCAAGUUACCCACCCACCGCAAGGGCAUCCAAACACUGUUUUUGGACAAGUAAAACCUUUAACGUCAGAAACACAUUUGUUGCAACAGUCACAGCAACAGCCUCAACAUCAUCCUCUUGUACAGCUGCAGCCGCAGCAACUGCUGCAGUUGCAACAACAGCAACAAAUUACACAGCAGUCUUUCCCGCAACAUCAAUUUCCACAAGUGAACCAACAACACCAUGUCACACAGCUGCAGUUUUCGCAACAACAGUUACAUCGACCGCAGCAGCAAACAAUUCAACACUUCCAGCAACAUGCGCUGCAGCAGCAGCUUCAUCAGCUACAGCAGCAACAGAGCUUGCAGCAGACGCUACAGCAGCAGCAGCAAAAUCUACAGCAGCAACAGAAUCUUCAGCAACUGCUUCAGCAUCAGCAGAACUUGCAGCAGAAUCCAGCGCAGCAGCAGGCCCUUCAGCAGCAACCAACGCUGCAACAGUCUAUUCAGCAGCAACAGGUGCUUCAGCAGAAUAUGCAGCAACAGACGCUUCAGACAAGCCUCCAGCAGCAACAGAAUCUUCAACCCGCCAUUCAGCAGCAAAAUCCAGCUGUGCAGCAGAACCUGCAGCAAAGUAUGCAACAAAUUCAACAGCAGCAGAAUAUGCAGCAGAUUCAGCACCUGACACUUCAACAGAAACAACAAAUACAGCAGCAGCUCCAGGCGCAUACCCUGCAACAACAGUUACAAACGCAGACUCUUCAACAGCAGCAACUUCAAGCACAGACACUACAGCAACAGCAGAUUCAGCCACAGACUUUGGCUCAGCAUCCAAUGCAGGGCCAGAUACUCCAGCAGCAACAACAGCAUCCGCUUCAAGGACAGGCUAUGCCACAGCAUCAGAUGCAGUCGCAGACCCUUCCUCAGCAGCACCACCUGCAGCAGCCGCAUCAGUUACAAACUCAGACCAUGCAGCAGCAUCAAAUGCAACCACAGAACAUCCAGCUGCAACAUCAAAUUCAGGUGCAGACUCCGCAGCAGCAUCAAAUCCCACCCCAAAUGCUGCAGCAGCAAACUCUACAACAGCAGCAAAUCCAGCAGCAGGCUCUGCAGCUGCAGCAGCAACAGAUAAAGCAACAGACCCUACAGCAGCAACAGCUGCAGCAGCAAAUACAACAGCAGCAAACCCUUCAGCAGCAACAAAUGCAACAGGCCGCCCUUCCUCAACAGCAAAUACAACAGCCUUCAGUUCAACCACAGUCUGCACUCCAUCAACCCCCUAUCACGCAGGUGUCAAUCCAGCAGCAGCCUUUACAGCCAGGUGCACUACAGCAGACUUCCCUUCAGCAGCAGAAACCCAACCUCCAGCAGCUACAGCAACAGUUACAGCAGCAACAUCUCCAGCGACUGCAGCAGCAAAGACAAAUGCAAAAUCAGGCACAGCAGCAGCUACAGCACCAAAUUACUAAUCAUCAGGCAACACAGCCGCAGCAACUUCACGGUCAUGAUCCGUCUGUAGAAAUUCCUGAAGACUAUUUUCUCUUGGGCUGUGUAUUUGCAAUUGCUGACUACCCGGAACAAAUGUCUGAUAAACAACUUCUUGCAACUUGGAAGCGGAUAAUUCAAACCCAUGGUGGUACUGUGGAUCCCACCCUUACAAAUAGGUGUACUCAUCUUCUCUGUGAAAGCCAAGUCAGCAGCAUGUAUGCCCAGGCUAUGAAAGAGCGGAGGCGCUGUGUAACCGCUCAUUGGCUGAAUGCUGUCUUAAAGAAGAAAAAGAUGGUACCUCCUCAUCGAACCUUGCAUUUCCCUGUUGCAUUUCCACCAGGAGGCAAACCGUGUUCUCAGCAUAUUAUUUCCGUGACGGGGUUUGUUGACAGUGACAGAGAUGACUUGAAGCUAAUGGCUUAUUUGGCGGGUUCCAAGUACACUGGGUAUCUCUGCCGAAGCAACACAGUUCUUAUCUGUAAAGAGCCCAGUGGGUUGAAAUAUGAAAAAGCUAAAGAAUGGAGGAUACCGUGUGUCAAUGCAUUAUGGCUCUGCGACAUUCUUCUUGGAAACUUUGAGGCUUUGCGGCAGAUUCAGCACACUAGAUACACUGUAUUUAAUCUUCAAGAUCCACUCGCUCCUUCUCCACAUCUGGUGUCUAACCUUCUUGAUGCAUGGAGAGUUCCAUUAAAGGUUUCAUCAGAACUUGUUAUGAGUAUCAGAAUACCUCUUAAACCUAAACAAAAUGAGCCUGUUGUUCAGCCUAAACGACCAAGAAUUGAGGAUUUACCAACCCCAACGAAAAAACUUUCCCCUGACCUGACUCCGCAUGUAAUGUUUACUGGAUUUGAUCCACAACAAGCACAGCAGUAUAUCAAGAAACUCUACAUUCUCGGUGGAGAAGUCUCUGAAUCUGCACAAAAGUGCACUCACCUGAUUGCCAGCAAGGUGACCAGAACUGUCAAAUUUCUGACUGCGAUUUCAGUAGCGAAGUACAUAGUGACUCCAGAGUGGUUAGACGAGAGUUUCAAAUGCCAGAAAUUUGUUGAGGAACAAAGCUACAUACUGCGAGAUGCUGAGGCAGAAGUCUUGUUCUGUUUCAGUUUAGAAGAGUCUUUAAAAAGAGCGCGUGUAUCCCCUCUCUUCAAGGGUAAAUAUUUUUACAUUACACCUGGAAUCUGCCCCAGUCUAUCAACUAUGAAAGCCAUCGUGGAGUGUGCGGGUGGAAAAAUACUAACUAAACAGCCUUCUUUCCGAAAAAUCAUGGAGCAUAAGCAAAACAAAAGCUUAGCAGAAAUCAUCUUGAUAUCUUGUGAAAAUGAUCUCCAUCUAUGCAGAGAAUAUUUUGCUAGUAACAUUGAUGUUCAUAAUGCAGAAUUUGUUCUGACUGGAGUUCUUACCCAGACGUUGGAUUAUGAAUCAUAUAAAUUUACAUAACGCCUUUGAACGAUCCCGUUGCCACUGCGUUUUGGAACACAUCGUGUGCUGAAUCGACUUGAAGAAAAUCCUGUCCUUGCUUGUGAAUACACAACAGUAAACGGGGAAAUAAAAAUAAAUUAUGUGCAUCUUUUCUUUGGAUGUGUAACUUUGUUAAAACUAAACAUAAAUUAUUAUGUUCUGUAUUAUAGUAGGAUUUUAAGAGCCCUGAUGAGGUUUGACAUAUUCUUUCACUUUUUAUGAGAUUGUAAAAUAAUGAAGGUACCUAAAAAAGUAUUUUUAUGGAGGAAAGGGCUAAUGUUUAUUAAAUAACAAAAUUAGAAAAAUAAAUUUUGUUUUGUAUUAUUUUGUAUUUCUAAAUCCAAAGUUCAUUUUUAUAUUUGAUAUUUUCCAAAGUUUAAAAUAAAUAUACUUUGGUUGUAA